GGAGCGACAGUUGUGCAAGAAGGCUAUCAAGCCGCGAUACAAAUGCACAACACAUGGUUCCUUCAGAGAGUAUUGCGACUAUCUUGGACAAUUAAAGAAUUGGUGCCUCUUAUGGAGUACACUUGCUAUUCUUCCGCUCACUAUAACACUAAAUUUGCUCGGUUUGAGUCUUGGAUGGGUUUAUUUGUUCAUGGGGAUUUUGAUUGGAUCUGCUGUCGUGCCGAUAGCACUUUGCAUGUGCUGGGAAAGACUAACCGGAAGUGGCAUGGUUGCAGGUGCAGUUUCGGGAACAUUAUUGGCACUUAUCACGUGGUUAUCUGUUGCUGCCUCCAACAAAGGCGGUCUUAGUCCAGAAAACUUUUUUGAAAAUACAGGUAAGGAAAAUGCUAUGCUGGCCGGGAAUUUAAUGGGCAUUUUGUCGAGCAGCAUCAUUACACCUGUAGUCAGUAUUCUGACAUCAACGAACGGAGUACGCAACGCUGCAGAAAUUUGGGAAAAUACCAGAGAUAUCGAUAAUCCUCUUAAUCCUUGGACGGAACGUUAUGCAAAGGAUUUGAAGUUGAGCGCAGCUCAUCAGCUUGACAACAGGCCGUCCUAUGAAGACGUAUAUACUACUCUCAGGUCCGCGCGUCUUUUAGCCAAUGGGUGUUCUCCAAUUCUCACAAUACUGCUAAUUUUUAUAUGGCCCAGUAUAAUGCUUUUAGAAGGUGUUCUUGAUUUAGCAGCUUUUAGGAGAUGGAUCUAUUUAGCAAUGACUUGGUCUCUGUGUGCCACAAUCUUUAUAAUUAUUGCCCCUCUUGUGUACGAAGGCAUUGACCUAAAAAACGCUGUGAAGCAAAUGAAAAACGUUCAUCCUUGCAACGUGCGCUCUUCUGGUGCAGCGAAAGAGAACUGUAACGGAGUCAACAUUAAAAAGACAAACCAAGUGCAUAUUUCACCUGUGAAACAGAGUUUUUCAGAUCCAAGACUUAUUAAAGAAAGCGGUAGCAGUAAUUCAAUUUUAGCAACGCAAGAAAUAUAG